AUGACGGACUUGGUGAAGGGUUUCAGUCUGCUCAGACGAUGGCAUAUGCCAGUUGAUGAAAUAAACAGAAAUGUCUCACUUCUGCCCAAUAUAACCUUGGGCUACUGGCUUUAUGAUAACUGUAUAAGAAUGUCCAUAGGUCUUCGUGCUGCAUCAGCCCUGAUCAGCGGCCAGGACAGCAUUGUGUAUGAUUACAGCUGUAGCCAGGCUCCCUCAAUUGUGGCUCUGGUGGGUGAUGCUGGUUCUGCUCCAUCAAUUGCAAUAUCAAGGAUACUCAGUCUCUUUGGCAUGCCUAUGGUGAGUUAUUUUGCAACCUGCCCUUGUUUAAGCAAUAAGGUGGAAUUCCCUUCAUUCUUUCGAACAAUUCCAAGUGACGACUUUCAGGUUAAAGCCAUGGUCGAAAUUAUUAAGCAUUUUGGAUGGACUUGGGUAGGAGUCUUAGGAAGUGACGAUGAAUAUGGACAUACUGCUCUUAAAACCUUCAGUGAUGUUUUUCAAAAUGUUGGAUGUUUAUCCUUUAAUGAGAUCAUUCCCCAAGCAAAUGAUAAACUAAAAAUUUUACAUAUAACUAACAUCAUAAAGCAGUCAACUGCAAAAGUUAUCGUUGUUUUUGCAGUAUCAAGAGAUAUUUCCUUUUUAUUGAAUGAAAUUAUCCUCCAAAAUAUUACUGGUAAGCAGUGGAUAGCAAGUGAAGCAUGGAGCCUAGGUUCUCUGGCCAGCGAAGAAAACUUUUAUUGGCUUGGUGGGACCAUUGGAAUUGCUAUAAGAAGAAAAGAUAUCCCAAACUUGGAAAACUUUCUUUUGCAGGUUCGCCCUGAUUUUGACCCUGCAAAUAAUUUAGUUAUCCGAUUCUGGGAAACUAUGUUUGAAUGCAAAUUCCCAGAAAACUCUUCUACAUUUCUUAAUAGUAAGACAUGUACAGGAUCAGAAGACCUUAAAAGCCUGAGCACAGCCUAUACUGACACUUCACAGUUAAGAUCAGCGUAUAAUGUUUAUAAAUCAGUGUACGCUCUGGCUCAUGCCCUGCAUGAUUUGAUGAUGUGCAAACAAGGAGAAGGGCCUUUUGGAAAUGGCUCAUGUGCAGAUAUAUUUAAUGUGCAGCCUUGGCAGGUUCUUUUUUACAUGAGAAAAGUCAAUUUUAUUAAUCCUUUAGGGGAAAGAGUUGCUUUUGAUAAAAAUGGAGAUGCACUUGGAAUUUAUGAUAUAGUAAACUGGCAAAAGAUAGAUCAGGGGAAAAUUACAAUUAAAACUGUAGGUGUUUAUGAUGAGUCAGUUAUCACUGGAAAAGCACUCACAAUACAGAAAGAUGAAAUUUUCUGGAACUUUCCUUCAAAAUUAGCUCCUGAAUCAAUCUGUAGUAAAAGCUGUCAACCUGGGACAAGAAAAGCCUCUAGAAAAGGGGAGCCAGUCUGCUGCUUUGACUGUGUACCAUGUGCGGAUGGGGAAAUAAGCACUGUGGUUGAUUCUUCUGAAUGCUUCCGGUGCCCUUCAGAUUUUUGGUCUAACCCUGAAAGAAAUAAAUGUGUUGAAAAAGAGCUGGAAUUUCUUUCCUUUGAAGACUCCAUGGGGAUUGCAUUAACAUCCUUAGCAGCCCUAGGAAUGUGUGUGUCAAUUAGUGUAUUGGCAGUUUUUAUACAUUUCAGGGAAACAGCAGUGGUGAAAGCUAAUAAUUCAGAAUUAAGUUAUUUUUUGUUAGUAUCGUUAGCUCUGUGCUUCCUCUGCUCUUUAUUCUUUAUUGGGGAACCUUCACACGUGACAUGCAGACUAAGACACGUGGUGUUUGGAAUAAGUUUUGUUUUGUGUAUUUCUUGCCUCCUUGUCAAAACAGUGGUUGUGAUAAUUGCAUUUAAAGCAACUCUUCCUGGAAAUAAUAGGAUGAAGUGGUUUGGUGCUAUCCAGCAGAGAGGCACAGUAUUCUUUUUUACCUCUGUAGAAACUCUUAUUUGUAUAUUGUGGCUUGUAAUUUCACCUCCUGUUCCAGCUAAAAACACUAAUAGUGAACAUUCAAAAAUUAUACUUGAAUGUAAUGUAGGUUCAAUAACUGGAUUUGCUUGUGUUCUAGGAUAUAUCUUUUUUCUGGCAUGUGCUUGUUUUGUUUUAGCCUUUCUUGCAAGAAAUCUACCAGAUUCCUUUAAUGAAGCCAAGUUCAUUACAUUCAGUAUGCUCAUCUUCUUAGCUGUCUGGAUAGCCUUUAUUCCUGCUUAUGUCAGCUCUCCUGGAAAAUACACAAUUGCUGUGGAGAUUUUUGCCAUUUUGGCUUCCAGCUUUGGUCUUCUCACGGCUAUAUUUACCCCAAAAUGUUAUAUUAUAUUAUUGAAACCAGAGCUGAACAACAAAAGAUCUCUUAUGGGUAGAUCUAUCAAUAAUAAGAAUGCUGCAUGUUUAUGA